AUCCAUUGUCAUGUGAUACUACAGCGCCGUCGUGUGCAUCUUUGAGCUGUGUGUAGUUGGUAUUGUGAUCUGUUGUAAUUUCUGAUACGUAAAAAGAUGUUGGACAAGACGUCGUUAAACGCGGCUCCAGUGCCCGAUUUUAGAGGAAACGAUGGCUCUCUAAUAUCAGCAUUGAAAACACUCUUAUUCUUCACAGUUUUAAUGAUCACGCUACCAAUAGGACUGUACUUUGCAUCAAAAGCUUAUUUAUUUGAAGGUACAUUGGGGAUGUCCAGUAGCGACAGUUACUUCUAUGCUGCGAUUGUAGCAGUAGUUGCUGUUCAUAUGGUCCUGGCAAUGUUUGUAUAUGUGGCUUGGAAUGAAGGGUCUCGUCAAUGGAGAGAAGGCAAACAGGACUAAGGUCUCAGAUUUUGUUUGUUCUGCUUUUUACAUUUGUCCCACUCCCAGCCCCACCUCAAGUUGUUUCUUUUUGCCUUCAUACUGAAGUUUCAUCAAGAAAUGGUAAAUCCUGCAGAGAUCUUCUGAAAAAAUGAGACCUGAGUUUUGUAACCAGACAAUCAUGAGAUAUGAGAAGGUUCCCAGUGUAAUGCAAGUAAUUGAAUGGAAAUUGUCCAUCAUUGGCUUAUUUAGUGUUGGCUCAUCUAAUACAUCAGAGUUGCCACCAUAGCUGUGUAAUUUAAAUGAGGAGGAGGUUGGACUCAUUGUGAUAAUUGAAACAUAAUACAACAGUAGUUGUUUGAUAUUUAUUAUUAUUUUUUUUGUUUUUGUACACCACUCUUUUUGCUUAACAUUUAAAUAUCAAAUUGGAAAGAUAACUAUUUUUAUGUACUUCAGGGUCAGAAGAGUUAACUGAGCUGCUCAUCAUUGCUCUGCUCAUUUAUUGAUCAGAUAUAUAUGAUGUAAUUUGCAAUAAAACAUUUUUAUUUACUGAGGA